AUGGAGAAAACUAUUAAUAAAGCAACUGAUCCUGCUGACUCUUUUCCAAAAGAUAAGCAUGUUAGAAAAUUAAUUUGCUCAUGUAGUACUGAACAAUAUUGUGUCAUGCUCUAUCAUCAAUUAUUAGAAAAAAUAAAAAAAGGAACACCAGUUACUCAAAUGAAAGCUUUGGAAAUUAUUCAUAGAAUUAUGCUUGAUGGACCUCAACAAGCUUGUACAACUAGAACAUUUGAUUUAGGAUGGAUUCCAGAAUUAGAUAGAUUCAAGCGCUCACAACCACGGAAUGUUGCAACUGAUUUAUUCCUUAAAUUCAUCAGAGUAUUAGAAAGUAAAGUUGAAUUACAUACAAAUAAUAGAUUUAUUCCAGGAUCAAUGGAUCCAGAUUUAUUCAAGAAAGUUAUUGGUCGGAUGAAAAUUGAUUCUUAUGAAAGUGCUAGUGCAGUUAUUGAACCAUUAAUGAAACAUUUACGAGUAUGUCAAGAUGAUACUAAUGCUAUUUUAAAAGUGUUAAAUGCAAAAAGAAUAUUAUCACUUAUGGCAAUGUUAGUUACUUUAAUGAGAGAAUUAAAUGGUAUCUAUUAUAUGUUUUAUGAAAUUAUUUUUAAUACCUUUGUUUCUCUUCAUCAUGACCAACGAUAUAAAGACUUAAUUUCACAAUUUAAUACAAUGCAUUAUGACCUUAAAAGUAUAUUCGACCAAAUUAGUGUUAUUAGAGAUGUUACUGCCUUGGUUACUGUUCCACAAUUGUCUUCUCAACCACCUGAUUUUAGUGUUAUUACUUUAGGUCAUCCAAGAUCACCAACUCCACCUCCUAAAGAACCAACCCCACCACCAAAACAAGAACCACAACAACAGGCAUUUGAGCCAUUUGAUUUCAACAAGUUUGAAGAAGUUAAACCAGUUCCACAACAACCAGCACUUGCACCAUUUGAUUUUGCUAAAGAAGAACAAAAGAAACAACCUGUUGCUAUUGAAAAAGAAAAAGAAGUUAUUGUUAAAGUAGAAAAGGUUGUAGAUAUGGAUCGAAUCAAUAAAUUACUCAAAAGAAUUAAAGAACUUGAAGAACAAAUUAAUGAAUUAAAAAUAACUAUUGACCAAUUAAAAGCAAAACAUAAACGAGAAUUAAAACAAUUAAAUGAAGAAAAAGAAGUAGGAAAUAAUGAUAAAAUUAAGGAAUUAGAAGCUAUUAUUGAACAACUGAAAAAAGAAAUUGAAGAAUGGAAAGAAAAAAGUUCAGAAACAGAAGAAUUAAAGAAAGAGUUGGCAAAAAAAGAAGAAGAAAUUAAAGAAUUAAAAGAAAUUCAACAACAACUAAAUGAAAAAGAAAGACAACUAAAAGAAGAAGAAGAAAAAAGAAAACAAAUUGAAAAUGAAUUAAAUCAAUUAAAAGAAGUUAUGGCAAAAGAGACUCAAUUAAAAGAAGAAUUUUCACAUAAAGUUGAAGAAGCACAAAAAGUGAUUCAAGAAUUAGAAAAACAACUUGAAGAAUUAAAAUUAAGAGAAAGUAGUUUUGGAGAAAAUGAAAAGAAAUUAAUCCAAGAAUUAGAAGAACAAAAGAAAGAACUUAAUAAUUGGAAGAAGAAAGAGGAAGAAUGGAAUGAAUAUAAGAAAAAUAAAGAAUUAGAAAAUGAGACAAUGAAAGUUGAAUUAAAAAAGUUACAAGAUAAGAAUCAAGAGUAUAUUAUGAAUAUUGAACAACUCAAUAAAGAAAAAGAAAAUAAAAUACAACAAUUAAAAGAACUUGAAUUAAAAGUUAAUGAAAUGGAACAAAAAUAUGAAAUAUUAGAAAAAGAAAGAGAAGAAGAUUAUUGGAGAGUUGUUGGAGCAAAUGUUAAGGGAGUAGAAAAAGAAUUUGAAGAAAUGAUGAAAAACUUUAAUGACAUGACAAUUGAAGGAAAUAAAAAUGCUACUAAAGAAACUGUUCUAAGAGAUUUAACUAUUCUUAAUGCUACUGGAAAUGCUUAUAGAAUGGCAUUAGAACAAAAUCAUCCAAAAGAAGCAGAAAAAGAAUUAGAGAAUUUCCAUAAAUCAAUGCAAACAUUAUUAGAAGACCUUAAAGGAGUUGAACCAAAAAUUGCAGAUGAAGCAAUGAAAUUACAAUUAAGACAAACUACAUCUGAUUUAUAUGAUAGUGUUAAAGUAUUAAUGAAUAAAUGGAAUGAUAGAGAACAUGUCAAUGAAGCUGGUGAUGUUUUUAAUAUCAAUAUGACGAAAGAAAAAACUCUUGUAGAAGGAAUUGAAGAAGUUGCUGAAGCAGUUAAUUUGAGUGGAAUUGAUGAUGAUGCUGAACGAGAAUUAUUAAAAGCAGCUGAUUCUAUCAACAGUUUAGCUAAAGACCUUGAAAAAUGGUUAAAGCAAUCAAAGAAAGGAGUAAGUGCUGAAAUGGAUGUUAACCAAGCAAUUAUGGAAAGUGCACAAGCUAUUGCUAAAGCAACUGCUGCACUUGUUAAUGCUGCAGCUUUAGCUCAAAAAGAAAGAGUUGCAUUAGGAAAGAAAUUAGCUACACCAACAAAACCAUAUGCUCCAAAUCAAGUUUGGUCUGAGGGAUUAGUUACUGCAGGAAAGGCAGUUGCAGAAGCUACAAAAGAAAUUGUUACUGUUGCCAAUAAUAAUGUUACACCUGGUUGUGAAAAGAAUGAAGAUGCAUUAAUUGCUUCUAGUCGUGAAGUUGCUAAAGCUACCGUUCAAUUAGUCACUGCAGCACGAUCCAAAGCUGAUUUUGAUUCACCAACAUUAGGUAAAGUUGAAAACGCAUCAAAGAGUGUUAAAGAAGCUACAGAAUUACUUGUAAAAGCAGUUAAUGCAAUUAGUGGACUCAAAGAAGAAAAAGAUGAGAGUGUUGAUUUUAGUAAAUUAACUGAUUAUCAACUGAUUGUCAAAGAACGAGAAGCACAAAUUAAAGUGCUUAAAUUAAGAAGAGAAUUAGAUGCUGCUGAGAAAAAAUUAAAAGAUUUGAAUAAACAACGUUAUGAAAGACAAAACAAUUAA